AGACAUCGAAAACAGAUCCAAUAUUCGGCCUAACCAUCGGUCUGAAGUGACGCCGGAAAAUCGAUGACGUCUACGUAAGCAACGCCGUGGCGCUGAAGAGGACGUCGGAUCGGAAAACUAAACAGCCAUUCAGUUUCGUUGUGGCACCUGGCCCGACAAUGCCUCAGACUAAGGGGCUUCAAUUUUUUCUCCUAGUGACAAUUUUGAGCCACGCAACUGGUACUGAUCUCUUCAGCAAUUCUUUUCUGGUCAGGUUCAAGAGGGAUGUCGACAAAGAGGAGGCUCACAAGAUCGCCCUGAGCCACGGUUUCGUCAGUAUGGGCCCGGUCUUGAGUUCGACCAGAGAAUUCCACUUCGUGAACCACGCAGUUCCUCUAGCUAGAAAAAGACGAAGUAUCCUUCACACAAGGAGGCUGAAGGUGGAUCCUCUGGUACACACAGCCAUUCAACAGCCAGGUUUCUUGAGGGUAAAAAGAGGAUACAAUUCAUUGAGAGUGGAAAAUCUGGUUAAACAUAUGCGACCGCAUAAAGAUCCUACAGAUCCGUACUUUCCACUUCAGUGGUAUUUGAAAAACACAGGACAAAAUGGGGGGAAGACAAAAUUAGACUUGAACGUUGAAGCAGCUUGGGCCCAAGGAUUCACAGGGAAAAACAUCACAACAGCCAUUAUGGAUGAUGGAGUUGACUACAUGCAUCCAGAUUUGAAAUUCAACUAUAAUUCAAAAGCCAGUUAUGACUUCAGUAGUAAUGAUCCGUUUCCAUAUCCGAGAUACACAGAUGAUUGGUUCAAUAGCCAUGGAACCAGAUGUGCUGGUGAAGUUGCUGCAGCUCGUGACAACGGCAUAUGUGGAGUUGGAGUAGCUUAUGACUCAAAAAUAGCAGGCAUUCGAAUGCUUGACCAACCCUACAUGACUGAUUUAAUAGAAGCCAAUUCUAUGGGUCAUGAACCAAACCUAAUUGACAUUUAUAGCGCAUCAUGGGGACCCACAGAUGAUGGUAAAACAGUAGAUGGUCCAAGGAAUGCUACAAUGAGAGCGAUAGUUAAAGGAGUAAACGAGGGUCGUAAUGGUCUAGGAAACAUAUAUGUAUGGGCCAGUGGUGAUGGAGGUUCAGAUGACGACUGUAACUGCGAUGGAUACGCUGCCAGUAUGUGGACAAUAAGUAUCAAUAGUGCUAUAAAUGAUGGUCAAAAUGCUCAUUACGAUGAGAGUUGUUCUUCUACUCUUGCGUCAACUUUCAGUAAUGGCGCUAAAGAUCCUAAUACUGGAGUUGCAACUACUGAUUUAUAUGGAAAAUGCACAACAACACAUUCUGGAACUUCGGCUGCAGCUCCAGAAGCUGCAGGCGUUUUUGCCUUAGCCUUGGAAGCAAACAAUGAACUUACUUGGAGGGAUAUGCAGCAUUUGACAGUACUGACUUCAAAAAGAAACUCUCUCUUCGAUGCUAAGAAUAGAUUUCAUUGGACCAUGAAUGGCGUUGGUCUUGAGUUCAAUCAUCUUUUCGGUUUUGGGGUAUUAGAUGCUGGUGCCAUAGUAGCCCUUGCUAAAAUCUGGAAGACUGUACCACCUAGAUAUCACUGUGACGCUGGGACAAUUCAGAGUGUACAUCGCAUUCCCUCAAGAAAAUCAGUAAUUUUGAAGAUAAAAACUGAUGCUUGCAAGGGACAAAGCACAGAAGUUAGAUACUUGGAGCAUGUGCAAGCUGUGGCCACGAUCAAUGCAACCAGAAGAGGAGACCUGGAACUCUUCCUGACAUCACCGAUGGGAACAAGAUCCAUGAUUCUGAGUAAAAGAAUCAACGAUGAUGACUCCAAAGAUGGAUUCACUAAAUGGCCAUUCAUGACUACACAUACCUGGGGGGAGUAUCCUGAGGGUACUUGGACACUUGAGAUAAAAUUCAAUUCGGACAUACCACAAGUUGGAUUCAUCAAGGAAUGGAGUCUGAUGUUGCACGGGACAAAAGAACCUCCCUACACUGAACUUUCAGUCUUAGAUCCUCACUCUAAGUUGGCAAUCGUGAAAAAAGCACAUGAGAGUCAGUUGAAGAUGUGAACAAAUGUGUUCUUUCAGUCUCCAAACGUAUUUUUUUAGAUCCUUCUAUGUAUCUUUUGGUUUGUUGAUAUUUUUGAAGAGUUGGAAUAAAAAAUAUAUCUCGAAGGGUUGCUAACUGUAGCAACCCUUUAUUUGCACAACAAUAUUUCGAAAUAAAACUUUAUUUAUAUAUUUUUCUAAUUUGGAUUCGAGUGAGAUAUUAAAUUAUUUCAAUUUCGCCUUGAACAAUAUUAUUUCAAAGAAAACAAAAAUGGGCAUUUUGAGGUAAACUAUAGUUCCUAUUAAUUAAUAGAUAAUAUGAAUUUCUUUCACAAAGUAGAGAAAUUAUGAAAUGUAGGUAUUUAUUCAAAUAAAGAUUCCUCAAAAUAAAGGAUUGAGAUAUGUCCUCAGAAUAUUCUAUUUCAAAUUGCCACAAAAAAUAUGAAUCACAAUAAACAAUGUUAAUCGAGAUAAUUUUACUUUAUCUAUUACAUAUAUUAUACAUGAAAAUUUUUUUACUAAUUUCAGAAGAUGAAUUCUUGUUUCAUAACAUAUAACUUGGCUAUGUAUAGAGUAGAUUAUUACCACUAACACUCCAAGACUCAGACUUAAUUUGAAUACUCUGCUAAUUAAUUUUUGGAUAAUGAAAAGCCAAUAAGAGAAAAAACGUGUGUAUGAUUUUUCAAUCAUAAAUGUGUAUAAACACAAUUUGAAUUUUAAAUCUAUAGUCUUAUAAGAAUAUAUUGAUAGUCAGGACAAGAGCACAUUCUUUUAAAACGGGUAAUUUUACAUUCAAUUGUAGCCAACUCUUCAAAAUCAACUUUAAAUAUAUCAUUGUUACUUUUUGUCCCUUUUAUCAAAAUGGAGAAAUAUGCUCUAAUUAGGUAAUAUGUUAUUUUGUUUCUUAUAGGAAUAGAACAAAUUGAAUGUGGUGAUAAUAUAUUGAGAAAAGUAAAAUAGUUUUAAAGUAUAGAAUUUCAGGGUUUCCUACUUUAGUCUCAAAACAUAUUGCAUAUUUCCAUUUAUUUUCAAACGUUUCACUUGACGCAAGGACCAUGUUUUAUGUUUUUUGGACGUGAGAACCAGAACAUUAACUAAACUCUCUGCCUAAAAGUAUAAAAAAAAUCGUCGACAAGGAAUUGUCAGAAACUGAAUAAUUAUGUAUCGAAAUAUACCUACAUCAAAAAGUCAAAUGAUUUAUUUUUAUAUUUUGUUAUUGUAUUCCACCUACAACUUGAAAUACUGGCAACUAGUUUAUAGAGUCAUUUAUCAUUUUUAACAGCCCUCAAAUAGAUCCAGCCGGUUUAGAUCUUUAAUAAUUUUUAAAUCUGCAUUGGCGAAACUUUGUCGAGUCUAGAGAUGUCACUCUGAAUCAUUUUGAGUAUUCGCUUGUUAUAUUUACCUAUAUUCUCUAAAAAUUAAUGGUUGAAGGAACUUCCAAAGGUUCCAAUAUAUCAUCCUAAAUUGUAUAAUAAACAAAAAUUAUGGAUCUAGAACAAAUUCGAAGAAGAUAAAUAAAAUAUGUUUUGUUAUAAAUAUAUAUGUAAAUGUUACCAGCAUAACCUGUCCGAACCUCUAGUUUUAUGUUUUUAUAUGUACCUAUAACUAAAGACGAUAAGUAUAACGAGUUCAAAUGAAUAAAAUGUAGUGGAUCUGUAUCUUUUUAUCCACAAAAUAUAAUUUGUAUAUGUAUGGUAAAAGAUCAGAGUAAAUAUUCCUCGUGGAUUAUUUCAAAUGAAUAAAUAUAUGAAUUGUGACAAAUAUUAUUGUACAGAUGGAAAUUGAUAUAUUUGAAGAAUGCAGUUAUUUAUUUUUGCUUUAAAUGAUUUAAUAUUGUAAAUAAAACUUGAAAACCCA